UCAAAAGAGAACUCGGUGUGCCAAUAGAUUGCAGGCGGCGUUUCACUGAAACUUUCAGUGAGGCCGUCACAGUGCUCUUCAAAAGAGAACUCGGUGUGCCAUGAUCAAUCCACUGACUUCAUGAGAGCGAAAGCGCCGACUUGUCAAAGCGGGUGCAAAGACAAGCUGGUCUUGCUGAAGCCGAGCGAGGCGAAUCUUGUGCGGCAACUUAACUGAAGAUAUGGAAGGAUGCAUCUCUUAUUUCAUAACACCAGCACAGCAGAAGCUCAUAGGCAAGUCGAUAUUCUACAUCGUAGAAGACGAAGAAAAGGAACUGGAAUCUAGAGCUGUGGGUAUCUUCUACAGCACAAAGAAGGCGGUGACUGCAGAUCACUGCUUGUCCGACAAUCACGUGAUUGGCAACACAGUCUUGGCAAAGCUACCAGGAGAGACGCUGAAGCUGGAAGUUGUCUUCCGGUGUCCGGAGCUGGACUAUGCUAUUCUGCAAUCGACCUACCCGCACGAACGAGUCUCUUCCCGUGUUAACCGGAGCUCCGGAAGCGCUUGAAGGAUCAGAGCUGGUCGUGGCAUCCUUCCAGAUUGGGAUCGAGGUUGGGGCCCCCAUCUUUAGACGCCGGCUUGGCUUCACACCAGCGUAUCCAAUCACUUUCAGCAAAGAUAAGCGCCACAUGAUUCACGAUUGCCCUGCUUAUGGUGGCGGCCCGGGUGCAGCCUUCAUUCUGAGUGAUGGUCGCCUGGUUGGAAUGCAUCUAGACAGUCUACUUUCGCUGAAGCAUGAAGUAGAGAGAAAGAGAAGCACGGCAACUCCUCUGAAUGACCUCGAAGAGUACGUUGGGAAGAUCUCGACCCUCAAAGCAUGUUACGAGGAUGGCACGUAGCACUCCUCGUGCACGUCUUUGCGGACCACUGGGACGGAAAGAUUGUCGGGCCUAAAAGUCCUAUCUUUUGAGACAGGUUGGCAUCGGAACAUUGCUUCUAAGAUCCCUAGUCAGCGCAGUGCUCGUCCAGAAAGUCACUAUCUAGGGUGGGGCUCAGCCGCAUGGGCCGCUAGCCUGCAGGCCUCUAGCUAUGACAGCUUAGCCGUGUCGGAUGCGCUGGUCGGGGCUCAUUGUGAUUUCAUUCCGCGGCCAAUGGGCCUCAGAAGCAUGCUAGAUGGUCAGGAUCUGCCUGCCGGGCGCGGCCCAUGCCUUGAUGGAACGCACCGCCCGGUGCACCGCGCGCGUUCCUUGACGCGUCUUCGCGAG